GGUUUUCAUCCCUUAAACUUCUAUAAUUUUCAGAGCUUUUAUUCCUAAGAACAGAACAAUGUCCAUAUUUAGACCUUGCUAUUGCUUAGGAUCUUCAAGAAGAUUGUCUACAUUUGUAUCAUCAUUGAAUUUCUCUACUCCUAGAAUCAGGUUAAUAUCUUCAACCCCUGGAAUACAUUGCACCACAUUUUGUUUACAAUCUACUCAGAAAUCUCUUUUGCAAAGAACCUGUGUUCCAUUCAAUGGUACAAAUUUAUUUCACACACAUCAAAAAGAAACAGAAAGUAAGCAUGUUGUAGAAAAUGUCUUCAAAAGCCACUCCAAGACUAAUAAGGGGAGAACACAAACGUUGUUAUCAUUUCUUGCUGGCCUGUCUUUAGGAGCUUGUGUGAAGCUAGCAUAUGAUUUUUGGAUGGUUUAUACAGACUCAAAAAUUAAUUCUAAUUUUGAAGAUCAAGUAUCAGUAUUACCAAGAGUCCUUGCAUCUAAGGGAUUCAAUCAAGCACCAGAUCUAGAUGAUUCCAACAGCAAUCCUAUUGAGCAUGAUGACAACUAUAAAACUGGAGGGAAUUUCAAUGAAGGUGGAUCAAACAAAGGCCCUCCCAAACACAGAGAUCGCUUUAACUUCAUAGCUGAUGUUGUUGAGAGACUCUCACCAAGUGUGGCUUUCAUCGAAAUACUGGAUCUGCGUAGACGUGACGCAAGUGGCCAACCGGUCUCAGUGAACAAUGGCUCUGGUGUUGUGGUGGACAGUUGUGGCCUCAUCUUGACCAAUGCACACGUCGUUACAGGCUCCAACAAGCCAAGAUCCAGCAAGAUCAUGGUUCGGCUGGUUGAUGGGCGUCAACUAGAAUGCGUACUGGAGGAUGUGGACCCAUACUGUGACCUGGCUCUGCUCCGGGUUAAUGCANUCAUCCAGACUGACGCCGCCAUCACCGUACGUAUUGCCUGCGUCGUCAUCCAGACUGACGCCGCCAUCACCGUACGUAUUGCCUGCGUCGUCAUCCAGACUGACGCCGCCAUCACCGUACGUAUUGCCUGCGUCGUCAUCCAGACUGACGCCGCCAUCACCGUACGUAUUGCCUGCGUCGUCAUCCAGACUGACGCCGCCAUCACCUUCGGCAACAGCGGGGGACCGCUCGUCAACCUGGACGGUGACGUCAUCGGCAUCAACUCGAUGAAGGCGGCGGCCGGCAUCUCCUUCGCCAUUCCCGUGGACGUGGCCAUGGAGUUCCUAGUCAAGGCCAAGGAGAGGAUGAAGCUCAAGCGCAGCAGUUCUGCAGAAAGUUUAUCAAAGCGCCGUCGGUUCCUGGGCAUCACUAUGCUGAGCCUGUCCCCCGACAUCAUCAACGAACUGCAGUCCCGAGUGUCCGCGCCGCUGCCCCACGACUUGUCGCACGGCGUGCUCGUCUGGCGCGUCGUGAUAGGCUCUCCUGCCUACCAUGCGGGUCUGCAGCCCGGCGAUGUGAUCACGCAGAUCAACGGCCACGACAUCAUCUCGGCACGCGACGUCUACGCGCUGCUCGAGCGGCCCGUCGACCUCACCAUGAUCGUGCACCGCGGCAACCACAGGUACACCGUGACGGUGAGGCCAGAGGAGUGACGUGUUGACAGGUACACCGUGACGGUGAGGCCGGAGGAGUGACGUGUUGACAGGUACACCGUGACGGUGAGGCCGGAGGAGUGACGUGUCAUCUCUGCACAGCGCGGCUGAGCUCUACACUACGCUGCGCCUGCCGUGAAAUAUCGCUUUAAGAGACUGAGAUUCAUUGGCGUGAUUAGACGGCCUAAGUCUGUGAUUGCGAUUUUUUAAAUGAAACUCUCUAGCGGAAAGAUGUUAUGAACAUUUUUGUGCGAGUUGUAGUUUUUCAAGUUUCUACAAUUUUUCUUUAGCUAAGGAGUCGUUCGUAUUUAAUUGCCUUUCUUUGACUUGCUCACCCCUCGUCAGGAAGUCAUCUACAAUAGAGAUAAUUAUUUAUUGCGAAUAUAUAACAUACGAGUGCGCUAGUUGUAAUACCAAACGUCAAAUUAGUGAGAAUAAUUUUGAAUUAUUAUGCAACUUGUAUAAUUACAGAUUAUAUUUAUGAGAUCAA